AUGAAAUUCGGCCUUCUACUCUUCCUUUUAUUCAUCUUGCCUAUUAUUUCACCUAUUAUUGCUGAUGAAUUAUUUCAACAAAUACUUUUUAAUAAUGAUGGUACUCUACCAAAAUUUCGUCAAAAAGCUUCCAAUAACUAUUGUCGAGAUUUUGGUCCAACAUCAUCUGUAUUACUUUUUGCUCAUCGUGGUAGUUGUUAUUCAUUAACAAAUCAACUUGUAACAUGGUCACAAGCUGAUAAUUUAUGUCAAAAUCAUUUUCAUGUUGAUACAAAUAAAAACCAAGGUGGCUUAGCAUUAUUUGAUGAUGCUAUUGAAUUUGAUUAUGUUAGACAAAUAAUUGGAGUAUUUAAUCGAUCAGCAACAGAAUUUGGAGCUUAUAUUGGUUUUAGUUAUCGAAAUCAAUCAUGGUUAUGGUUAAAUGGACGUCAUGUUAAUUUUUCUGAAACACCACCAAGUGUUAUUGCACCGAAUAAUCUUAUUUUUCCUUAUCAACAACAAAAACCAUGUGGUAAACUUGAAUUAUUAAGACCAAAUGAAACAACAGUUCUAUUUGGUUUAAUGCAACAAGAAUGUACAAAAACUGAACGUGCACUUUGUAAAAUUAAAGUUGAUCAUUGUUUUGAAAAUGAUCAAUGUGGUAUACAUGGUGUAUGUAAUAAUGAUGGACCAACAUUUCAUUGCGAAUGUGAAUUUCUUUAUGAUGGAAUUUAUUGUGAUAAAUAUAGUUCAGAAGCGAUACAAGUUAUUGCAGCUUCUCUAUUUAUUGCUUUAGCUUGUCUUGUUAUUUGUAUAUGUAAACGAUCACAAAAAUAUAAAAAUAAUUAUCAAAAAAGACAAAUACAAAGACGAAAUAAAAAUAGCGAUAAUUAUGUCACCGAUGGUUCAUCAGAUUGUUUAUUUCGAAAUUUAUUUAAUAAAUUUAUGUGUCUCUCUCAUUCUUCGUCUUCAUCAUUGCCAUCAUCAGAAUGCAAAAAAUCUUCGAACCCUCCUCCAUUACCUAAUCCUCGUCCGAAUAUUUCAAAAUUUCCAAAACGUCAUCGUUCAAAACCAAUUAUGGAUAGUUUAUUAACAUUUAUUCAAUCAUUUUUAACUGUUACUCUUGCUGGUAUAUCAAUUGUUUAUAUUUGUGUUCAACGUACAAAUUCUAUAUAUAAUGAUCAUCAUGAAAAAAUGAAUAAAAAUUUUUCAACAAAAUCUUACAUAUGUCAUAUAAUUGGUUCAAAUAAUUCAAAUCAAAAUAUAAUUAUGUUACCAUUAUCAAUUGCAUUAACAUUAAUUUUAUUUAUAAUUCAUCAAACAAUAAAUAUUGAUAAAAAAAAAAGUUUUUUUCAAAAUUUAUCAUUUCCAAUAUUAGUUAAUCCAUUUCAAAAAUCAAAUCGUUUUCAUACAAUAAUUGUAUUUGCAAUAAUAUCAAAUCAAUUAAUAACAUUAUUAUAUGAAAUAUUAUUUUCAUCAAAUAUUAAUUUUCAUCAUGGAAUAUUAUAUGAUUUAAUACGUCGUUUUGGUUUAAUUAUACUUUAUGGUAUAAGAUAUUUUCCAAUAUUAUUAUCAUUAAAUAUUCAAUCAUUUUUAUCAACAUUUUUUACAUCAAUAUUUUUAACAUUUGAUUUAUUAUUAUCUGUUUAUUAUGAAGCUAAUUGUAUUAAUACAUUAACAUCAAUAAUUAGUUUAAAAACACGUACACAAAUAGAAAUAUCACGUAUAAAUUAUUUAUUAGUUAAAUGUUUACCACAUUAUAUUGCCUUAGGUCAUAUUAUAGCAAGAUUUUAUACAUUAACAUUACGAAAUUUUUUUAUUUUAUGUAAAGGUAAUAGUGAUAGAUGGAAUACAACAACAAAUACAACAUAUCAUACAACAUCAAUUGAAUAUGAUAAUGAUUGGUAUUAUACAAAAAAUUUAUUAAUUAAUAAACGUAAAUCAUCAUCAACAAGUUAUUAUUUAUAUGCACAAACAAUGUAUGAAGAAAAAAAUUGUUUAUGUAUACAAAAUUUUAUUCAUUUAUUUUAUAAACCAAAAGCAUAUUUUCGUUUUUCAUUAUUAGUUUUAUUUACAUAUACUGUUUCAUUUCUUGUUCUAUAUUAUUUAACAUGUUCUGUUAUAUUUUCAAGUACAUUUACAUUACGAUUAAUUAUGAAUUUAACUGGUAAUAUAAUAAUUAAAUUAAUAAAUAUAACAAAUAUAAAUUUAUCAAUAAAAUCAUUUGAAAAUUUAUCAUUUCAAAAUGAAAUUUAUUUAUCAUGUUUAUUAUCAUUUAUUAUUUAUGUUAUACAAUUAUUACUUGGUUUAAAAAAAUAUCAAACAGAUAUGUUAGAUUAUUAUCAAGGAAAAUAUUAUAAAAAAAAACAAGAUUUUAUAUCAUCAUCAUCUGUUUUACAAAAAUCAUUUCAUUAUUCAGGUUAUCAAGUUGGUUAUUUAGCAUAUGGUUUUAUAGUGAUUAAUUAUUUUAUGUUUAUAAUAUGUUUAGUAUUUAAAUUAUUAUUUAUACAUCCAUUAUUAACAAAAAUUCUUUUAAAAAUUAUUGCACCUAUGAUUAUUUUAUUUGCAUUAAAACAUAUUAUUGUUUAUUGUUUAACAAAAUAUUUUUUCUUACGAAUUAUUAGAUCAAAUAGAAAUUUAAGACAAAAUAUUGAACAUGACAACAAAAAUGAACGCAAUAAUUAUACAGAAAGACAAGGUAAAUUGAAUAGUUUAUUUUUGAAAAUUUUAAUUAUUAUCUAUAUUAAUUUCGUUCGAGAUAAAUAUAUUUAUUAUUUGUAUAAAUUUUAUUAA